CCUCUUAGAUCUUGAUUUCUAAAUCGAAGAUGAAGUAAUAUAGUUAUAAUUUAUCUUGUAGAUUCAACAUCCUUGUUGUUAUAAUGGAUCCGGUCAAGCCCACAACCGAAGCUAAGGUCCCUGCUAAGCGAUCAAAGGCUAGAAGCCACUACUUACCUCUUCAUAAACCCCAGUUCUAUCAUUCCCGAACCGGCCAGCCACUGUCACUUGAGGAAGUUAUGUCUGACCGAGAUAACGAAAAUGAUGUCGACGAUGUUGCUGAACAUCUCGCAGAAAGCCAGAUGCCUAAUGAUUCCAUGGAUGAGAAUGAAAUCGUAGCAGAGAGAUUCAUAAAACUUUGGAACUCCUUUGUUAAAAAGCAAAGGAUUGUUGCAGAUUAUCAUAUUCCUUGGGCAUGUGAAGCAUUCUCAAGAUUACACCUGCAAGAGUUGCGCAGUAACUUAGCACUCGACUUGUGCUGGAGACAAUUCAUGAUCAAACAAUGGGAUUAUGGAAUUCUUGACGCAGUCACCAUGAACAAAUGCAAUACCAUCAUCUACCGUAAUAUCACAGACACCAACGAUGACAUAAACAACAACAACAACAACAACACGAGGAGUGAUGAUAUGGAUGUUGUGGACGGUGACAAAAACAAAGAGGGGGACAAAGAAACUACUGAGACUGGCAUGUGUAGAAAUGGGGAAAAAGAUGAAAUGAAUGUGGGAGAACAAGGUAAUAACCGGUUGACAUUAUGCGAGCAAAUGGAGUCAGCUACUGUCACAGAAUCUUCGCAAGAUGUGAACGCAAUCACAUUUAUUAAUCAGAGAAGCUUUGGGAAAAGGCCGAUCAUACCGACUCAAAAGAUGAAACAUGGAUACUCUGAUUCAACAUCUCCCAUUUCCGAACCACCAGAUAUCACGAAUUGGUUUCCCAGUUAUGUCUACGAAUCGUUACCAUUGUCUUCUUCAAUCAAUGAAAGUGAAAACGAAGUAGAUGUGGUGAACAAAGUAAAUCUUGGUGGUGUUAUUGAUGAAUCACUUCCUUCUGAACCUCCUGAUUUAGCUAAUUGGUUUUCGAGCUAUGUCUAUGAAUCACCGGUGCUGGAUACAAGUGAUGUUCUUGAAUUGUACGUUCCUGGAGAAAGUGAAUGUGUAAAGGAGACCGAAAUAGAUAAUGAGACGCCAAAAAUUGAAAGAAACCAUGUUUGUCCGAGGUUAUUUGAGCAAGAACUUGUCUCUUCUACAAAGGUUACAGAUUUCUCGCAGUCGGAGUCUGUUAUUUCGGAGCCUCCUGAUCUUAGAAACUGGUUUUCAAGCUAUGAGUAUCAAUCUCCUCAGAUGUCAGAAAUUCAAGAACUUGGAUUUUCUUCUUUUGAGAAAGAUGAGUUAGUCAUUGAGGAGAGUGACACAGAGGACAGAAUUAGUUCUGGUAUAUUUCGAAAACUUAAGAGCAAGCAAGAGAGUAUUGGUCUUGGCAGGUUAGAUUCAAAUGACUACAAGGAAAACAUAGCCGCAGACACAGCCAAGGAGGUCUCUUUAGACAAUGCAUAUUCAGACCAAGAAAUGGAAAAGAGGUCAUCAGUUGGAUUGUUGAAUGCCUCAAAGAAAGAAGCGAAACAAGAAUCAAGCUUCAAGCAGGAAGCAUUAUUAUGUGAACCACAAGAAGAAGCAAGGUUUAGCCCCAGAGUUUCCAGCUACAACCCAAAACCCAAAUCACCUUCGAAGAACAACGCUUCUUUACAUGAGUUGAGACCAAUACAUAUCCAAGAAUCCAUCUCCAUGAACACCAACAGACAAAUGUCUCCAAUAGACCAAGAAUCAGAUGACAAGGAAAAUGUUAACGGACAAAGCAGUGAAACUGGAUUUGUGACCAUGAAAAAGGCUAGAUUCAGAGAAGCAAGAGACCAAUGUUCCCUGAAGAAACCAAAUAGAGUAGUUCUCAUGAAGUGUUCGAGUAGUAAAGAGUUAAAGAAUAUCGCUGGGGAGGAAGACAAAGAAGAAAGAAACAAGAAGAGAAAAGUUUUGGGGGAAAUGUCUAAUCACCAGUCCUCUGGAGCUGAAGAGAUCGCAGGAAAAUGGCGUUGCCCGCAGAAGAACAAAAGGAAGAUAGUUCCACCAUUGAAGCAGCUUCGACUUGACGCAUGGAUACAUAAAGGCUUGCUGAAUGCAGUAGAGAGAGUCUUACCUCAUGUUGAGCACAGAAUGUGUGCUAGGCACAUAUAUGGCAACUUGAAGAAGGUCUUUCCUAACCAAAGUGAAGUGAAGACUCUGUUUUGGAGAGUAGCAGAUAGUUACACGGGAUCUGAAUAUGAGGCAAGUUUGGAAGCAGUGAAAGCUUAUGAUAUGCGACUAUAUGAUGCCAUCAUGGAGAGAAACCCACGAAAUUGUAGUAGAGCUUUCUGUCAACCCACAGCUCAAUGUAUUGAUGUCCACAACAACAUAUCAGAGUCUUUCAACAAUGCAAUUGAUCCAGCAAGAUACAUGCCACUUGUUGAGAUGUUGGAGACAUUAAGGAGAAGAACCAUGGCUCGUAUUGAUAUAAGGAAGACAAAAGCUGAGAACCAUCCCGGCAGAUUUACUCCCAAAGCAAUGGAGUUCUUAGAGGAAGAAGCAAAGAAGAUUAAGUUCUGUAGAUUUGUCUCAAGUAGAGAUGGUAAAUUUGAUGUUCUUGAAGGUGGUGUAAGUCAUAGUGUGAAUCUUAGCCUGAGAACAUGUGUAUGCAGGAGAUGGGAUAUGAGUGGAAUUCCAUGUCGUCAUGCUUUGCGGGUCAUCACAGAGAAGAAAUCACUCAAUCGUGAAGAUUUCAUAUCUGAAUGGUAUUUGAAUUUCAGGCAGCAGUGUAUUUACAGUGACACCAUUGAACCAGUCAAUGGUUUGUUAUUUUGGAAUAAAUCAGGUUCUGUUGUGGUGCCACCUCCUAGCUUAGUUGAGCAGAUUGAAAACAGAAAAGGGAGGAAACCAAAGCCAAAGAGGAAGAAAGCAAGGCAUGAGUCUCCUACAAAGAAGAAGAAGGCUAGUAGAGAGAGAAGAAUUAUGCAUUGUGCUCUCUGUGAUCAUGUUGGACACAACAAAAAAAAGUGUCCUAAUGGAGGAGUUGAGAGAUACAAACCACCAAGGAAGAAGAAGACACCUGCCACAGGAGAUGGAGAAGAUGGAAAUGAGACCAAUAACACUCAAGCAAAAAAGUUUUCGAGGUUUAACGGGUCGGAGUCGGAGAAGAUGAGCUUCGUCAAGUAUCUCCGCCGAGACAGUUUGCUCCAAUUAGCCGGAAAAUCAUAUCUUAGCCGUAAUUACAUGCUUCAGACCUGCCGGAGUCUUAUAAUUGAAACCAGUCCGCCUGAAUUUGUCAAGCUUAAUCGUCUAUCUGGUUCCGAUUCCGGUAUAAUCGAGGUCAAUCUAGAUAGGCCUGUUGCCAAAAAUGCUAUUAAUAAGGAGAUGCUGAAAAGUCUCCAGAACGCAUUUGAGUCCAUACAUCAAGAUAGUUCAGCUAGGGUUGUGAUGAUCAGAAGUCUGGUUCCAGGAGUUUUCUGUGCAGGUGCAGAUCUUAAGGAGCGUAGAACUAUGAGUCCAUCUGAGGUUCAUACAUAUGUCAACUCGUUGCGCUACAUGUUCUCGUUCAUAGAGGCAUUGAGUAUCCCAACUAUUGCUGCAAUAGAAGGUGUAGCACUGGGAGGUGGACUCGAAAUGGCUCUAGCUUGUGAUCUUCGAAUCUGUGGCGAAAAUGCAGUAUUUGGCUUGCCUGAAACAGGACUCGCUAUAAUCCCUGGAGCUGGAGGGACACAGAGGCUCUCGAGGCUGGUUGGGAGAUCAGUAUCAAAGGAACUUAUAUUCACAGGUCGAAAGAUUGAUGCAAUAGAAGCUGCAACUAAAGGGCUUGUGAACAUUUGUGUUACGGCAGGUGAGGCUCAUGAGAAAGCAAUUGAAAUGGCUCAGCAGAUAAAUGAAAAAGGUCCAUUGGCUAUAAAGAUGGCGAAAAAAGCGAUUGAUGAAGGAAUUGAGACGAAUAUGGCUUCGGGUUUGGAAGUAGAAGAGAUGUGUUAUCAGAAGCUUCUUAAUACUCAAGAUCGUCUUGAAGGAUUAGCUGCUUUUGCUGAGAAGCGUAAACCUCUUUACACUGGUCAGUGAACACCUUAAGAGAAAGGAUCAUUAGAUUCCAACAAAUUUAGUUUCAAUAACCAUUGAUAACCGGGAUGGUUUAGGGUCUAAAUACAUUAUCACUGUUUUU